CAUCCUCGCGCCCCCUCGCCCGCCGCUCACCUCUGGCGGACGACGGCGCUCCCAGGCUGGCGCACAGCACGAGCCAGGCGCCCACCCAGCGGCUCAUGAUGGUGAUCCCGAGGGACGAUCCCGAGGCGGCGGAGUCGAGGAGUUUGGCGCGGGAGGAAGAGCGGCGGUCUCUCCGCACCUGGUCGCUCGGCAGCAGAUCCCACGAGGAAGGAGACGUCCCCGCGCGCGAGGGAAGAGCCUCUCUCCUUCUCCUGCUCCCCAACGGCGGCGAGUGCCGCGUCUCGCCUAAUGGCCAGGAUAUCCUCCUCGGAGACCCCCGCGCAGCUCGCGGCCGGAACGCGGCUGCCGCGACUCGCCGCUCAUCGCUCGCCCUGGGCAGGUGUGUGGGAGCGAGCGAGCGAACGAGCGCGCGAGAGACUCUUCCUUCGCCUCCUUCGUCUGCCGCGGGUCGGUGGGGGCAGCCUCUUGGCUGGCUGCUCCUGCCGCUGCUGCAGGGAAGAGAACAAUGACGAGGGAGAGAGAGAGAGAGCGCUCUGCCGGCUGGAAAGUGCGCUGUGUACAAACAGAGGCGGCGUGCGCGCGGCUGGCUGAGGCGAGAACCACACUCUCCGACGCCGAAGCCGCCUGCUCCCCCCCCCCGCCUCCCUUCACUCAAGAGGCAGCUCCGGGCGGGGGGGGGGAGUCAGAGAGGACCGCGGACACACCCUGCCCUCUGAUUGGCCCGCCUUUUGUCUCAGUGAGCGGCGCGCGCUGGAGGUGGGAGCUCGAAGUAAGAGGCAAGUCGAGAGAGAUGGGCGAGGAGGACUGGUCCUCUUGGCUGGGGAGCGGAGCGGAGUCGCUGAAGGGAUGGAGAGAGAGCGGGUUCUCAACCAAAUGA